UUGCUUGACUGAAGUUGCUGUUUAGUGUUUAACCCUUACACAAAAGCAUCCAAUCUUCCCAUCUCCAAACGCUGCGUUUCGGUGGAUCUCUACCCCGAUCACUGUUUGCAGACAAGAAUUCAGUCAUCCCUUCUCCAAACGCUGCGUCUCGUUGAUCUCUGAGUUAAAGCAAAGAAGUGAGAGAGAUAACAUGGUAAUGGAAAUGUGGUUUUCUUUUAUUUUUACUCAGUUUCUUGGUAACCAAACAGAGGGUCGGAUUUCGCUUGAGUGGCCGGAUUGCACUUGAGUGGUUUAUGACUAGGAGAAGAUAAUGGAUAUGAAUGUUGACCAUUACAAUGUUUUGGGAUUACCAUCGGGUGAGGAAGGAGCCAAAUUAUCAGAGAAAGAGAUUUCAAAAGCCUACAGAGUGAAGGCUUUGGAGUUGCACCCAGAUAAGAGGCCAGAUGAUCCCCAAGCCCAUGCAAACUUCCAGAAGCUAAAAACCUCCUAUGAGAUUCUCAAGGAUGAAAAAGCAAGGAAGUUGUUUGACGACCUUCUACGAGUGAAACGUGAGCAGUUCCACCGACAAGCACAGUAUGAUGUUAAAAGGAGGAGGAUGGUUUCUGAUCUAGAGGAAAGAGAGCGGGCGGCUAAUGCUCCUGACCCAGCUUCUAAAGCCCGAGAAGAAGAGGAAAGAAUUACUAAGAAGCUAAAAGAAGAAAUUGCUAGAAUACGUGCAAUGCAUGCAAAUAAGGGAGCAUCAGGCUCAAGGAAAGAGGCACCAGGAACAAGAAAGGAGAGUGUAGCUGAUGGUGGAGGUGGUUUGAACAAGGAGAAAGUGCUAAAGGUCUCUUGGGAGAAGGGUGGGGAGGAUUACACUGCAGAGGGAUUGAGGGAGGUGUUUGCGAAGUUUGGUGAGGUUGAAGAUGUUGUUCUCAAGAGUUCCAGGAAGAAAGGUUCAGCACUUGUUGUGAUGGCCUCUAAAGAAGCAGCUGUGGCUGCUACUGGAAAUGUGUGUGGUCAUAUUUCAAAUCCAUUACUUGUGCUUCCACUUGAACCAGCUGUGGUUAUGGAGUUUCCCCCAAGGUCCAUGGAGCCUGAGCCCUCAAGUAAUCUGGUUGGAGCUGGAUAUCAAUCAUUUGAAGAAUCUGUUUUAAAGAAACUUCAAAAGGCUGCAGAAAAGCAGAAGUGACAUGCAAAAUAUAGCAAGAAGAGGUUUCCAAAUGCAUUAGGUAGCUCACAAUCUCUACCAAUUCUAACUACAGGUACUUCAUAAGUAGCAGUUUCCUUUCGACUAUGUUUGGUUCCCAGAAAAUGUGAGGGAAAACACAAGGGAAAAACGCAUAAAUUUCUUGUUAAUUUUAAUUAUAUUUUAUUUUCUUUGAUAUUUUGUACAAUACAACCAAAGAUGAGAAAAUUGUGUUCUUACCAUGUUUACUUUCUUUUCUUAGAACUUUCCAUGAACCAAACAUAACCUUCAUGUCCAUUACCCCCUUUAUAUUUUUGUCACCUUGUGUUUCACCUUUCUUGUUUCCUCAUUAUUUUCUAAUUGGUGAGCGCUAGCCUUGCACAUAAAGGCAGAAGGCUGGACAAGCAAACUCCGAUGAAGGGCAACAUAGUGUGCCCGUGUCAAGGGUGAUGAAUCCAGGCAAUGAAAUGAGCACGUGUUUCCCAUGUCACUGGGUUUGAGGGCUUGUGGGAUUUCAGUCCCUCCUAACCUGGAUUAUAUUUAUAAUAAUACUAUGCAUUGCUCUAAUGUAACUGGAUAUGGAUAUUGGGAAUGCAGGAGAGCAGCAGAGCCUGUAAUUGCUGAAGAAGAUGGCAUUGAGGACAAACCGUCUUAAUAUUUUCAACCAAGAACGCGUUGUCAUUGUCAUCCGCUCUUUAAAUUCUUCGUGUUGCAACUUUUCGACAGAAAGUCAGAUCUGUACCCUACGAAUUGAUAUUACUGAUGGGUCUCAUCGGUUUAGAGAUGAGACAUUUCAGGCGAUUUAAAUCUCAACAAUUUGAAAAUUUUCAUAUUUUAAGCAUCCAUUUUAUUUUUUCUUCCCCCA